AUGAAGAUCCCGCUGCUGGUCUCCACGGGAAUCCUGCUGGUCGCCCUCCUGCCCUGCCAGGAGUGCAGAGCUCUCAGCAAGAGCCCGGCACCCGCCUCUGGGGCUCUGCACCAGCCAGAUUUCUUCCAGCAGCAGCAGCAGCAACAGCAGCAGCAGCAGCAAACUCUGCCCGUCCUGCUCCGCAUGGGAGAAGAGUAUUUCCUGCGCCUGGGCAACCUUCACAAGAGACCCGUUGGCUCUUUCUCCGCCUCCUCCAGCAGCACCAGCCACCUACAGCCCGAAGCCUCCGCCAGCAACUUUUUCCGGGCGGCGGUUCAACAGCUGCAGCAGCUGCCCGAGCGCUCGCCGGGGAACCGAGAGGACGGCGAAGCCGAGGGUGAAGCCGUGGAGAGAGAGAAGCGAUCCGAGGAGCCCCCUAUUUCUCUGGAUCUGACUUUCCACCUCCUGCGAGAAGUCUUGGAGAUGGCCCGAGCCGAGCAGUUAGCGCAGCAAGCUCACAGCAACAGGAAACUGAUGGAGAUAAUCGGGAAGUGA